AAUACUAAGGCAAGAGAAAAUGAUAAAAUCAUCGAUAUAGUAAACGAUACGAUGAGACCAAGGUUGUUUAUCGGGGCCAUAAAUCAACAAAAUAAUCAAAGGGAGGAUAUUGUAAAAGAUAAAGUCGCAAAU